UUGUCACAUCAAUCUAUGCUUAAUUUAAGUAUCGGCAUCAGAUCGAUUCCUUUACCAGUCGAGCAGUACAAAAUGAGUGAAUCUGAUGAAGUCUCGCCGGAAGUGGUAGGGGAUGCCGUGCCAGUUCCCGAUACCACGCCUCGUGUUGCGGACACCACAACUUCCGGAGCCCGGAUGAUGAUGCAACACCAGUGGCUGGUGGCAGCCGCAGUUGCCGUCUAUGCCACCAAAGUCAUGUGGGUCAAGUUGGCCAAUCAGAUGAGGCGACUCCAGAAGCAAAGAGUUUGGAAGUCCGAUCCUUUGCAGGACAACGAGGAAAAUAAUUCUGGUUUUGAUGCAGAGACAGAUAUCGAUUGCGAGGAAGGCGAUUCAGAUGAGGUUACAGAUAAUGUGGAACUUGUGAAUCAGGAUAAAACAGAAGUUCAUGAUAAGGAUCGGUUAGUCGACGACCCGCUCGCCAACUUCUUAUAUGGAAUAUAAUAUGUAAAUAUGAUGUGUUAAAGUUUUAAGUGUAUCACCAAAUUGCAUUGUAAGUUAUAAAACGUUAUCCACA